CCAACUCUCGCGAGGUGCGCACACGCAACGCUCGCCGUCCAGAUACGAAAAACCAUAGUUUUUAUAGAAACCCACAAGCAAAAGCUCCGCAAACAACAUGUAUCUGGAUACCAAAAACAUGGCAACCGGCAGCACGGCAGCUUUGACAGCGGCCGCACCCGCCAACGCAAAGGCCACACGGCGCAUGCGCAACGUUUGGCAGCCUCUGCGUCGCCUGCUGAAAGUGGGCGGCAAAGGUCGCACCGCCCAGCUGACCUUGGCCCAUCCCAACAACGUGGAUCUCAACAACACACAGCAGCUAGUCCAGUUGCCUGCGGAGGAGGAGGCUAAGACCACGCCAGAGGAGGCUAUUCACAAGUACGGCCUGGAGCUGAGGCAGCUGCCGGAGGAGCAGGAGGAGGAGCUGUCCCUCACCCAGCCCCCCAACACGCCCACCCUGAUAAGCAGCGUUUAUGUGGACAAGGUCAGCGCCCAGAGCUGCGGCAACUGCCAGCACGGACGCAACUGUCAGCACAGACACCACAGCAGCAGCAGCAGCAGCAACAGCAACUCCAGUGCGAGUGCAACACAGUUGCCCAGCAACCUCUGGGAUCUGCAGUUGCCCCUCCAGUACAUCAGCACCGACAAUGGCACCUUCUUCUGGGCCAACACCCAGGAUCGGGUGGACGACGAUCUCCUGCACGCCCUGCUCUGCCAGAGCUUCAGUCAGCUGCCCGGAACCCUCUGCUAGUUGUAAUCCACCCACAGAAACACCUCAUCACCCCCCCCAACACUAAACAGAUCUCAAGCUCACCGGGGGUCACACCCCUAAUUAUUGUAAUUUCACUUAUUUAUUCCCCUGCGCAAUAUUUACGUUGUUAAUGUGAUACUAAUUUGCAUGUAAAAUAAAAUAUAAACACUCAAUUUGUACCAUA